UCCGAUAUUUGUGGUCGCUGGUGCUGGUCUAGAAUAUUUGAUGAUAACUUGGCGUCCAUUUGGUGUAAAUUUUUAUGAAGUAUAUAAACGUAAACAAGCCAAAGAAAUAGCUGAAAGCAGAUUAAACGAAGAACGCUAAUGUCUGGAAAUAUAUCAAUUGUAACUUAUGUGAAAUUUUCACUAAUGGCCAUAACCUCUAUGAUGUUUGGAUCACAACUUGUUCACAACCAAUACAAGCCAUUAGAUGAUUUAGAAGAUUAUGUCGAAAAAGAAAUGGAAAAGUUAAAAGCUGCCAAAGAAUUGAAAACAUGAUGUAUUGGCAAGAUUACUUAGUAAUAUUUACUUAGUUAUUUUAAGAUCACUAUUUACUAAUGAGUAAUAUUGAAAAAUAAAAAUAGUUUAAUCAUA